AUGGCUUCUGGAAGAAGUGCUUUUAGGCUCUCAAAACCUCUGAUUGGAGAAGAUGGGAAGAUUUAUGCUUCUUCAGAGAAGACUUUGUUUGCAUUUGAAAGUAAUGGCUCCAUUGCUUGGUCCUUGGAUUUAGAUUUUAAAUGCAACAUUGGUAUGGCUCCAGUUCAUGGCGGAAAAGGAAAGAUAUAUUUGGUUGCAGAAGACAGGGUGAUUAAGGUUAAUUUUAUGAAAAUGGGAAAUUCUGAAUCUGCCACACAAGUUUUCUUUGGUGGAGAACCAGGAGAAGAGGUAGCAGGUGAAAUUAGUGGGCUUGCUGUGAGCACAUUUGGUUCAACUGUUUUUAUCAAUGUUAAAAAUGGGGGACUUUAUGCAUUCAUGACUAGUGGAGAAGUACUUUGGAGUGCUGGGCCAAAGCAGUUUCAGUCAGACUAUCAUCAAGGUUGUAGAAAAAGUGUUGCAGAUUGUUAUUUUUCUUCACAUCCUGUUAUUGAUGAAUGUGAAGCUAAUGUAUAUAUAUCAAACACUCAAGGUGAACUUUAUUCAAUUUCAUUUCGUAGUCCUCAUUACAACUGGGUCCAGGAUUUUAGUUCCUUCGGCAAAAUGUUAACAAUCACCUCAGGAAACAACGGUUGCUUGUAUGUAACUAUACCUGUUAAGGCUUUAGUAUUCGCGCUUGAUGCUUCUUCAGGAAAUGUUUUGUGGCAGAGAAGUAUUGGCCCCAUUAGUUCUGCAGAAUAUGCACCAGUUGUUGACGCUAAUGGAUGGAUAUCUGUUGGUUCAUUGGAUGGCUUCCUGUACUCAUUUUCUCCAACCGGAAGUCUUCACAAAUUUUCAAAAUCAGAUACAAUGGAUUCAGUGAUCCAGGUUAGCCCACUUCUUGAUUGUUCAGGAUAUGCCGUAUAUAUAUCCCAGACAAAGAUGAGUGGAAAAUUUAUCCACACAAAUGGUGAAUAUACAUAUGUCUCCACUAUGAAACCUGAAAGUGUAGUCUUCUCCUUGAUGGCUCCAGCAACGGGGUCUGUUUACUGGUCUGAAAUCUAUCCAGACCCUAAGUCUAAAUUCUUUCAGCGUUUGAUGAUUGCAGGGGAAUUCUCAUCCUUGUUAUCCAAGAGUGACCUGCAGCAUUUUGAUCCGGAUGAGAGUCUUGACUUGUAG